UGUUGCGAGGCGACUGAGAGAUCGUCGUGUUUGUGGUGGAAGUUACAUACAAAAUUUGUCGAUCUUGAGAACGCUUGUUUGCAGAAGAGAAGCCGGAUUUACAAAAGUGUGGCAGCACAAAUCCACCUCUCCAGUCGACUACAAUCGUAUGCUCUUUAUAAACAGCUACAGAUUGUGUUACACACUGAAUGGAGCAUGUGGACGUCCCCGACUUAUGUUCAAUCUUCCAGAAAAGACAGAAGAAGCUCUUGUCUACGAUAGUUUUCUUGAUUGUUGCCUUGAGGAUAAACUUGGUAGGACAUCCUGCCUUAUUGCCUUGAAGCCACGUGGUUGGCUAGUGUUCCACUCAUUGCGGACGGGUGAAAUCAUGAAAAGGAUUUAUCUCUCUCAUCGUUACAAAUUUUGUCACUUGACUUGGGAAACCGACUUUGAGCGUAUUGUUGUAAAAUCGAUUCGUCGUGAUCAUCCGUUGCCAGGAUUACCUUCUCAUCAGUUGCAGCCAUUUGUGACGUUUGCUGUUUUUAGUGUUGGACCGUUGGAAUUAAUUGGACUUUUUCACAUUUACAAACAAAUUUUUGGUAGCGAUUUGGUUGAUGCCACCAUCAACCAGAGCAUGUUGGUUAUUUAUCGUCGAUCUGGUCUUAUUGAAUUCUACGACUUUGAGUUAAUUGUGAGAGAACACACAGUGAGUUUUGUCAAAUUGUUUGAACCAUUUGUUGAAGACUUGCAAGGUGUCGUUGGAGAACAGCCACUUGGUAUACCGUGUUCCAUCCGCAUACCUUCUCGACCGCCACUUCUCUGCCAGAUUCAAAGUCAUCAAAAUCAUGUUGCCUUUGGAGGCUUUCCCUAUCACUACAUCCAAUGCCCGAGUCCGAAACAUCGUGACCUCUUUCAUGUCUGCUCAUUGCAAACUCAUCAGCUUAUAGAGAAUGGCCAGCUAGAACGAGGUGACUUCACUUAUAUUGAAGACGACUGUGCCUUCUUUCACCCCGAUCAGAGCAACAGUGUCGUGCAUGUCAGAUCAGACUCUAUCCAGUGCCACGACAUUGUCGAAGAGAAAGAUCACACAGAACUGAGACAACGAUAUAGCAUCGACGCAAAGCCGGCAAAACAAAAUAAAUUCCUUCUCAGUAGUCAGCUAACCACAUCGUCAGGGCGUAGAGUAAGAAAGUUAUGUGACAUAGAAAAGGUUUUUAAUCCCAUCCCGGAACCAAUUCAAGCAAUCGACUAUGAAGAUGAACUUCAGCUGUUUAUUGUCACCUCAACCAUAUACUCAGAUGAUGGCCUGUGUGCACAGGUUCAACUCUGUGAUAAAGACAGUGGACAUGUUUGCAAACGGAUUCUCUUAAAGGAUUGGCAUCAGCAGCCCUUCUCAGAGCAUCGGGUCGUACUCGAUAGAGACGUUCUCAUUCACUUAGUCAGACAGCCUUCACAUCGCUACGACUGCUAUGUUUACAGACUGCAUGGUAAUACCACAGUCUAACUCAGUAAUACCACAGUCUAACUUGCCUUUGAUCAACACAUUUCACUUGCUAAAAUAUUUUUAAUUUUUUCCAAUAACACAAACUUCUAGUUUGUCAUUGAUAACAAGUAUGGUGUGAGGCUGCUGACCAGUGCAAUGCUUGGUUAUGUCAUGUUUAUAGGGGUAAAAACCUAGCUUUGGUUGAGGGGCUCACGUUAAUUGCCAAAAGGCGUGGUAUUACAACCAUUCUGAAUGUAUACAUAUUCUGCAAUAUAGCAAAGCAAAUCAAAAAACCAAUAUUAACACGAUUGUGUUGCAUCAUCAAUUUCUAUGUCUGUCAUCC